AUGCAGGAUUCGGACGUCUCAUCGGUGUCAACACGCCUGCAUGAAUUACGAUCCAAGUCCGCGUUGAUCUCUGAGAUCCUCAAAGCAGCGGUUCUUCGUUACAACAAGUACAACCCCACUGUUUCUCCAAUGCCUUCAACGAUUACCCUGGCGUCGCCGCCGUCCCCACUCCCUUCAAAACCCACCACUCCGUCAGCAACGACGACUCAGGAACCUGCCCACAAGUCUCCUUCGUCUCCAAAUCCCGGACUUUGUUUCCACACGCGUAGAAUCACGGCAGCUGGCUCGGAGCAGUGCCUUUUGUGUUUGGUCAAAUCGGAGGACGCAAUCCUCUAUCAGCCCAUCCCACCACGCCAUCGGUGUCGAAGCGAGUCGACAGCAACUGUGAAACCCGUCAAAUGGGCGGCACCGUCCAGGCCGAACGCGGGAAUCUGCAGAACGCAGGUAGCUUCCAAUGCUUCCGCAUGGUCUUUUGCGGUGGAGAUGUGUUCAGGAAACGCCACUCCUGUCAGAAGCGGCUUGCACCUCGCGUCUGCCGUGAAGAAAGGUCAAAGUCAAUUUUGGCGCCUGACACACGGCAACUCGACGUCUCUUACUUCGCAAUCAUGCAGUCAAACGGAGUCACCCCUAACGACACCAAGUUCACCAUCGUUGCCACUCUUUCAUCGAUCAGCAAAACUCGUUGCUUGCGUAGCACCCACCACCGCUACAACUGGCGUCUCAACUACCGGUCCACCGUCCCAACGAUCUCCUCCCGAGGCUGCCACAAACCCCCAAUUUUGCCAAAAAGUCGUUCCUCGGCCCACUCUCUUUGCAGUUCUUGAGGAGGCAGAGAACAGUGACGUAGAAGGAAUCUUUGCUUCCGCCAAUGAGCAAACGCAGGGCCUUGUACUUGCCACCUCUCGUGCAGAUGUGGGCCCUCUUCUUGCCCGAACUACAUGCAGCGCUGAAGGCGUCGUCAUCCGAUGCGACCGCUCUGUCGACGCACGUGCCCAAACUCGCGAUUUUGCUGGCUCCCCACUCGGUGACGAGGACACCUCUUUCGCAGACGAGGAUCACACAGAUGCCGAGGGUCUUGAACUAGACGACGAUGGUGUUUAUUUUGCCUCAGACUACGUCAAUCAAGUCGUUUUUCCAGACGACGAAGACGAGGUUUCUUGCGAGUUCACACUUCACCGACGAUCAAAGAGCCAAGAUGUACACCACAGCGAAGGUCUCUCCAAUCUUGUUGCCCUGACAAACAGCAUUUCUGAUGACCUACUUCAGCUUGAGUCAGGUUGUCAAGAACUGAUUCACCGUGUUCACGCCAACAGAAUUGAGCUUGACAAGGUUAACGAUCGCCUGAGUUUUGUGUGGGACAACAAGGAUGAUUGCCGUCCGCCUUCAAUGAACUCAGUGAUGGAAAAUUCGUGGAGUAGCGACUACACCCAUCGGUAUACCCCACUUGGGAGGUCUUUCAUCUCAUCAACUGGUUCCUGUGUCUGCAACUGUCAAAAGGCGGAAGAAGUCGGGAGUUCACAAUUCUACCACGCUGCGUGCGACGAGGAAGUGGAGGCAGCUUCUGCAGUCAGUGGCACAGUCUUGUCCGACCUCACUCUCGGCCGAUCUGAAUGCACAUGUGACGAAAAUUCCAUCCAACCUGACUCUACCAUCGAGAAUGACGAUAAUGUUGAACGGCGUGAAAUUAGGCCUUUUGAAGCCACCCUUAAUCACACCUGUCUCCGGCCCAAAUCCACCGAACUCAGCCAUCUGCGCCUUGCCAACUAG